AUGGCAGAAGCAACAAAGUCAGGCAAAACCCGAGCGGCAGUGGUCGCGGAGGUCUCUGACGAGCGCUUCUCGCUACAAGAAAUAUCAUUGGACGAGGCGAAGAACGAUAUCGCCAGCCUAAACGGUUGGAUCGAAAGAGUCGACGCCAAGUUCACGCAGGAAUGUCAACGGUUGAACCAAGAAGUUCAGACCGCAAUUAACAGACAAGACGGUACGUUGGCGACUUUCGAUGGAAGGAUACGAGCACUCGAGAUGGAAGUUCGCCGUCUUGGCGUGUUACUUCCGCAACUAGAGUUGCAGAUCCAACAGAGACAGUCAACGGCGAUAGAUACCGCAUUAAAAACGAUAAAAGAAGAGAUGUUCAAUCAAAGGUCGGACAUGACGUGUUCUUUACAAAAAAUAGCCGCAUUCGAGGCCUCCAAAGCAAUGAAAAGACACAAGGACGAUAUCCUUAUUGAGCUGAGGAGGAACCGAGUGAUAGAGGAAGAGGAGACCCCCGAAACGGGGGGAGACUCCUCGGCAGAGACGGUGAAGGCGAGAAGCCAUCACGCAAGUGGCGCAUCAAUCGUAAACAUCUCCUGUGAUACCAGGGAUGAUUUGACGGCAGAAAGAGACACCCUGAUGGGAGAACUGAUGGGUGCUGGACAUAUCGUGAGAACGUCGAAAGAUAAGAAAGAACGCCGAGUGAACACACUCAAGGCAAGGUCAAGAUAUGACCGAGUGGCGGAGCUGACACGGAAGCUAGCUGGAAUCUCGACGGCGGAAGAAAGAACAAGUGACCGUGGGCAGCUAGACGUGGCGCUGGGUGAAAUAGCGGUGCUGGAACAGUUGGCGGAGUCUCCGAAAGGAGACCCUACACCAACGACCACGACACUCGUGAACCGUCCAGCGCUACCCCUUCCGGUGUUUAGCGGAAAUAUUGCAGCGUGGGGGAGUUGGCAAGCCGCCUGGGCGACUUACGACGACGACAACACGCUGACAAAUGAGCAAAAAUAUCAGUACCUUCGGGGCUGUUUGAAAGGAAAGGCGGCCGAUGCGAUUUCGUACCUGCAAUACGGGUCGAAUCAAUAUCGCAAGGCCAUGGAAUUGUUGACGGAAAGAUUCGGAGACCAAGAUAGGCUGAAAAAGCACUACUUGGCGGAACUCAAAGCGAUGGCAAACACUCGACUGAGCGAGACUUCCGCUCUGUCGCAGUGGCAAAAACUCCAUGACGGGCUGGCAAAUAGCGUCGCGGCGCUGAACAGCCUAGGAGUAGAUACAAGUACUCAUCAAUCCUAUCUCGCCCCGGACCUACUGGCGGCCUUUCCAAGGGCGUUGGUUAGCCGGUGGAGGGACAGGUGGGAGGACGAUGAGCCGACGUUCUCAAAGAUCUUGAAGGCCCUGCAAAGGGAAAUAAGACUUAGGGAAGAAGACGAGACGUCGGCGACAAGUGGUAGCGGGAAGCCCGUGCUAGAGUCGGCCGCUACCACGGCAAAUAAUGGAAACAGAGGCCUGGCAUGCCUAUUCUGCCAAAAGAUACACUUGCAUCAUAACUGCAAUCAAGGGUCGUCAGCUCAGAGAAGAGCGACGGCAGAAAAAGAAGGUCGGUGCCUGAAGUGUCUGGCCCGAUCGCAUCGGACGGAACAUUGCAUAUCGCGAAUUCCGUGCCGACACUGCGGGAGCACGGAACAUAGCCCUGCCGUAUGCGUGGCUAGACCACGGGGCGGCGGUUAUGCGCCAGCUCCCGCAGGAAACAGAGGAUUCUCCCCUCAAAGAGCUCCAAAGGUGGUGACGAUAGACACCACCACGUUGACGAUUUCUACAAGAUCGAAGACGGGAGUACUGCCCACCUUCACGGCCUACCUUAAAGGGAAAGCCGGAGAUCGGGUAAAGAUAGUCGGAUUAAUUGACUCUGGGAGCGAGAGAACGUUUGUCCGCCAGGACACGGCGACCAGAGUCGGAGCGGAAAAGAUAAGGGCUGAAUACCUGGCGGUCAACGGGUUCGGAGACCAGAACAAGGCGGGCAAAAACCAUGCCGUGUUCGGACUCAGACUCGCGGGACUUAGCCAGGAUGCCCCAGAGAUAAAGAUCGAAGCGAUUGCGAGGAAGUUUCUCGCAAACGCAAAGAAAGUCACCCCGACAGAUUUCUCGAAAGGCCUGAUAGGCCAGGGGAAGGACUUAGCCGAUGACCGGUACAUCACCGGUCAGCAAGGCAACCAGUUUGAUCUCAUCGUCGGCUGCGAUUUCAUCUGGUCGAUAAUGCAGCACAAGACCAUCCCAGGCGCAAAUGGGCUAGUCGCAUGUGCAAGCAAAGUUGGCUGGCUGAUCUUCGGUACGAUAGAUGAAAAAAGUAAAGCGGAAGAACAAGUGUUAACCGCAGCAGUAGACGUGCAGAAACCGAUGACGGACUUCAAAGAAUUUUGGAGUCUAGAGCAUAUGGGGAUAACCCCACAAGAAAAGGCAGAACCCGCAUUCUUGGAGGCCUAUCAGGAGACGAUUCUGCGGGCAGACGAUGGGCGUUACAAGGUGUUGUUCCCCAUCAAGAUCGGCCAUCGCAGAAUUGAAUCCAACCGGAAGAUCGCAAUGAUACGGCUGCAAGGGCUGCUGGGCAAGACCCAACUGGAAGAUAAGUUGAAAUACCACGAGAUAUUUCAACAAUAUAUCAGAGACGGAUUCAUCGAAGAAGCUGACCGAGGAUUCAACGGUGACUGCACAUACUUACCUCACCGACCGGUGAUUAAAGUUAGUGCGGAAACCACGAAAAUUCGGCCGGUGUUCGACGGAUCAGCACAUAUGAAGGAAAGACCUAGCAUCAACGAUGCUCUAGAAAUUGGGCCGAAUCUAAACCCGGAAGUGUUGGCGGUCUUGUUGCGGUUCCGACAGAAUCGGAUAGCCUGGACCGCCGACAUCACUCAGGCGUUUCUCCAAGUCGAGAUCCGCUCGGAGCACGGGCAGUUGAUAAGGUUCAUCUGGGUCGAUGAUCCUAGAAAACCUCAGCCUAAAUUCAUCGAGUAUCGAUGGAGAAGAGUGCCGUUCGGGUUGUCUUGCAGCCCGUUCAUACUCAAGGCUGUUAUCCUCAAACACCUAAAAGGGUUUGAAGCGAUAUACCCCGAGACAGUGCGGCAGCUACAACAGCAGUUGUACGUCGACGACUGGCUAGGGGGGGAGACAAAUGUUGAUGAAGCGGAGAAACGUAUUCGCGAAGCGAUUACGAUCUUCAAGGCCGCAAAGAUGGAGUUGUGCAAGUGGACCUCCAACAGUGCAGAGUUGAUUAAAAGACUGCCGGAGGUCCAGUUUAAAGAGACGGUCACGAACGUGACAGCAGAGGGCAAGUCAGCCACAAAAGCCUUAGGGGUGAUCUGGGACCCCGCGUCGGACAAAUUCAGGUUUGAUCCGGCGCAGGUUCUCAGAAAAGCCCGCGAAAUUGGUGACAGACCCACCAAACGGAAGCUUUUCAGCCUGGCACUGAAGAUCUUUGACCCUUUGGGUCUCAUCGCUCCGGUGACGUUGGUGGGGAAACUCAUCAUGCAAAAGGUGUGGUUGGCGGGCUCAGGAUGGGAUGAGCCCAUUCCAAUCGAGGUGAUACCUCAUUGGAAAACAUUCAUUGACGGAAUAACAGAGCUGAGGAAUACCUGUCAGCCCCGAUGGUCGGGAGAUCAUGAAGGGAGACUUCAUCUUUUCUGCGAUGCAAGUAACGACGCCUAUAGUGUGGUGGCGUACUUACAGAGAAUCGAUGGGGAAGACCCAGUGAUGCUGUGCAGCAAAACGAGAGUAGCGCCGGACCCUAAGAAAUCAGUCUCGAUCCCGAGGCUGGAGCUUCUGAGUGGACUACUGGCUGCGAGGCUCGGGAGCUACGUCGAGAAAGCGACGGAAACAGUCAUCAAGAGAAAACUUCUGUGGACCGACUCAGCGAUAGCCUUCUGGUGGAUGAAAGGCGAGGCUGGUCGGUGGAAGCAAUUUGUUUACAAUAGGGUGACAGAGAUAAGACAGACAGUGGAAACUGAAGAAAUGAGGCACUGCCCAGGGUUACAAAACCCGACGGACGUAGCAUCCAGAGGGGCUACGGCAGCGCAGUUAAACGCACAAAAGAGUUGGUGGACUGGCCCAUCUUGGAUGGGGAAAGAGAAGGAAUGGCCCCAGUCACCAAGCUCAGCGACCGAGCUCCAACUACAGGAGGUCUCGGUCGAAGAAAAGACAGUCGAAGUAACGCAAUCCGCGAUAUCAAUCGAAGCAAAGUGGUACGAAAGAUUCAGCUCCAUGCGAGUCAUGGUAAGAGUCUUGGCCACGAUGCUAAGAGCGAUAAAAAAGUUCAAAGGCAAAGAUAGUCCGGAAAGCCCGGCUGCAACGGUCAGACAUCGGGGAAGGAAGUUGAAAUUCCCCGUGUUGACAACAGAAGAGACGCGAGAGGCAACGAUCGAGCUCUACAAAGAAGCCCAGGCGACUCACUACGGAGCAGUGGUGAAGAGCUUUAAAGCUGGGAAAACAGAAGUCCCACAUGAGUUGAGGAAACUCGGCCUCAUGUGGGACAGCAAAGACGAGUUAAUCAGGUGUCGAGGCCGGCAUCUAAAUUGGAUGGAAUACAAUAAAAAAGCAGCGCUCAUUCUGCUACCGGCCGAACACAUCAUAACAAAGAGACUGAUUGAACAAACGCAUCUUCGGUUGAAACAUACCGGAGUGAAAACCAUGAUGGGGGCACUCAGAACGGAUUUCUGGAUUCCGAAGAUGCGGCAGACCGUCAAAAAAGAGACAAGCAAGUGCACGAGAUGCCAGAGAAUGGACUCGAGACACUUCGAUGAAAUACCGGCGCCCCUACCGUUGGACCGUCUGCAAAUGUCGAAUCCGUUCACGAUAACGGGGGUAGAUUUCGCAGGCCCGUUCCCAGUAGAGUCGCCGGCAAAUAGCGGUCACAAAACGAAAGUAUUCGUGUGUCUCUUCACCUGCGCCGUAACAAGAGCUGUUCAUCUCGAAGUUACGACCGACCAGGAGAUUUCCACGUUUAUCUUCGCGCUAAGACGAUUCUUUGCACGGAGAGAGUACCCAAGGGCGCUCUACUCCGAUAACGCAGGAACGUUUACGCUGGCCGCUAAGUACCUCAGAGCAGCGUACAGAGACAGCAGAGUGUUUAACACCCUGGUUGAUCUCAACAUAAAGUGGAGGUUCUCGCCGAGUUUGGCCCCUUGGUGGGGCGGAUUCUGGGAGAGGAUGGUGCAGACCGUUAAACGGCUGCUAUAUAAAACAUACGGGGGCGAUUGUAUGGAAUACGAUCUAUUCCAAACGGUGUUGACGGAGAUCGAAGAUACCAUCAACACCAGACCGUUGACAUACGUGGCAGAAGACGAUACGGAGCCGCUAACACCCAAGCAAUUGGUCACAGGCUACCGGCAACAGCAGCAUCACCCGGUCGAUGACGAGGAGAGAGAAUACUCGGACCGGGUGACACUGACAAAGAGAGAGAGGCUCAGGAGAAACCUGGUCGCUCAAUGGUGGAAAGAUUUCUACACGGAAUAUGUGAUGGAUCUGGAACAGUUUCACUGUCCAACUCCAGAUUCCUCGCCGCCGCCUUCCUCAAGCUUGCCAGCCGCCGCCUCAGACGUGCCAGCCCGCGAAAGAAGCAGCCACUCGAGAACUUCUCCUCCAACCGCAAGAGUAAUACUCAGCGGCAGUGACGCUGUUAAGCCCGAUAAGGCUUAA